CACGUACGCGAGCGCACACCCACGCGCGCACACAUACGCACACAGUCAGUGGCCUCUGCGGAGCGCCUGAUCAUUUAUCCACAACAAUAACAACAGUAUGGAUUUCAACGUGAGGAAACUUGCCUCAGAUGCGGGAAUCUUCUUCAGUCGGGCUGUGCAGUUUACAGAGGAGAAAUUUGGACAUGCAGAAAGAACUGAGCUGGAUGCUCAUUUUGAGAAUCUUCUGUCCAGAGCCGAUUGUACCAAAAACUGGACUGAGAAGAUCUACAGACAGACAGAAGUUCUGCUUCAGCCAAAUCCAGGUGCCCGAAUCGAAGAGUUCCUGUAUGAGAAAAUUGACCGGAAGGUUCCACCUCGGGCCACUAAUGGAGAGAUAUUAGGCCAGUAUAUGCUGGAGGCUGGAAAAGAGUUUGGGGCAGACACUCCAUACGGGAGCACAUUGAUCAAAGUGUCCGACUGUCAAAGGAAACUGGGCGGUGCUGAGCGAGAGUUUCUCCAGACCUCGUCCAUUAGUUUCCUCACACCACUGCGAAACUUUCUGGAGGGCGACUGGAGAACCAUUUCGAGGGAGCGCAGGCUUUUGGAGAACCGCCGCUUGGAUCUUGAUGCCUGUAAAGCUCGUCUUAAGAAAGCCAAAGCUGCAGAGAGCAAAGCUGCCUGUGAGGGAGAAGCUGUGCCCGACUUCCAAGAAACCAGACCACGAAAUUAUGUCCUGUCUGCGAGUGCGUCUGCGCUCUGGAAUGAGGAGCUUCAGAAAGCAGAGCAUGAGCUGCGAGUUGCUCAGACAGAGUUUGAUAGGCAGGCUGAAGUCACCCGGCUGCUGGUAGAGGGGAUCGGCAGCACACAUGUGAAUCAUCUGCGCUGUCUGCGCGAGUUCGUGGAAGGACAGGUGAUGUAUUAUAACCAGUGUCACCAGUACAUGCAAGAACUGCAGAGAGAACUUGGCAGAACAUGCACCGACUCAUCUGCGGUGGAUUCUCACUCCUCCAGCGAUCCCGCAGACCCGUCCACAGUCCUGAAUCCGCCAUCUCCCCUGGAAACAGAUGCUCUGCAGAUCGAAGACGUUCAGCCGCCCGCUAGCGGCACACGCAAAGCCAAAGUCCUAUUCGACUACAAGGCAGGAGAUUCCAGUGAGCUCUCGCUGCGGGCAGAUGAGGUGAUCACAGUCUAUACAGUGCCUGGAAUGGACUCUGAUUGGCUGAUCGGUGAGAGAGGAAACCAGAAAGGAAAAGUGCCUGUUACGUACCUGGAGCUGUUGAGUUAAAGAGGCGAGAAAACACACAGUUUGUUGCUUUAACAUCCAUCAGCGACAUGAACGCACACGGCACCAUACAAUGUCUGUCUUCAAAUUAGAGUUAAUUUACUGAAAAUCAAAUGAGAUGCAUGUAAUGAAUGAUAAGGUUUCAGUGUUUUUUUUUUUUAUUCAUUUUAAUUUAUUUAUGUGUGAUAUGUUUUGGAGAAGUUCAUCGAUAUUGACAGUUGCUGAGUGCAAAAUUGGCCAGGAUUUUUAUUUUAUUUUAGUAAAACACAUAAAAGGAAGAUUAUUUAAAAUUAGUUUUUGACUAAAAUUAACUCUCUAUCUACAUUUUAGACCAAUAUAAAAUAAUGCAAUGUUCUGCGUUAUGAAACAGUCAAAUAUCAGAAAAAAUAAUUAAUUCUCAAAAGCUUAAAACUAGUUGUUGCCCGUUUUUAAUAGCCAAUAUUGAGAAAGCAAUGUGGCUGAUAUAACACAAAUGUAAUCACCGUAAACAAGUAAUUUUUUUUUAAACAUUUAUUGCGUAGAAUAUUUAUGAAUAUGUGAUGAGCUUAAAUGAAAAAGCCGUUAAAGGCCACCUCCAAAAAUGAUCCGCUUUAUACCACUUUUAGCAUAGCUUAGCAUAAUCCAUUGAAUCUGAUUAGACCAUUAGCAUCGUGCUAAAUAAUGACCAAAGAGUUUUGAUAUUUUUCCUAUUUAAAACUUGACUCUUCUGUAGUUACAUCGUGUACUAAGACCGACAGAAAAUUAAAAGUUGCGAUUUUCUAGGCCGAUAUGGUUAGGACAAUACUCUCAUUGCGGCGUAAUAAUCAAGGACUUUGCUGCUGUAACAUGGCUGCAGGAGGCGCAAUGAUAUUACGCAGCGUCUGAAAUAGUCCCCUUGGAAACUUUAAUAGCAGGGGACUAUUUUCGGGCACUGCGUAACAUCAUUGCGCAACUUUUAAUUUUCUGUCUGUCUUAGUACACGGUGUAACUACAGAAGAGUCAAGUUUUAUUAUUUUUGAGGGCGAUGCUAAAUGGUCUAAUCAGAUUCAAUGAAUUAUGCUAAGCUAUGCUAAAAGUGGUACCACCAGACCCGGAGAUCGGCUGAAUGGAUUCCAACUCAAGGGAAGCUGGAUAAUGAGCCUAUUUUUUAAAAAGUGGAGUGUCCCUUUAAUAUCCUUUUAAAGGCACAAUAUGUAGGAUUUUCACCACUAUAGGUCACAUUUUCAAAACAAACAAAUUGAAAGAUUUAUGGGGGAAAAACGAUAAUUCACUCCCCCCCAAAAUAUUUUCUGAUUUAUCGGCCACUGUAAUAUAUAGUAUAAUAUAAUUAUACAUUUUCAGAGCAUGUACAAACUUGACUAGCUGCUUGUUUUCUGCAAACUGAGAAACUGAACUGAGUCAGUAGUUCAGUAAAACAGAUGAUGAUCUUUCUUCAGGUUUUUCUAAAACUCACCACUAAUGCCAUUCAACUAAGCUUAAUAUUACACACAUGUAAUGUACAGAUAUUUGCACUGUUAUGAAGUUUAAGAACACCUUCAUAAUGCCUGAUUAAAACUGCCUUACAACAUCUCAUUCAGACACAUGUGAUCUUUAAACAUCAGAUAAAAUAUUGUUUAUUAAAGCAGCAACAUGGUUUCUAGCAUUUACAGACAAAACUACAACAUUAUGGAUUGACUGGAUUAAAAUAUGAAUGUGAAAUUCAAGUCUUACAUGUUUGAUCUGUUACACUUUUUUUUUUGCAUGAAUACUCGAUGCCUGUUGCACUUACACUUCAACUUCUGUAAGUGUCAAUUGCAUUUUUGUGUAAUAUUGACAAAAUAGAUCAACUGAAUAAAGUAUUUCAAUGCGGUCCAGAAGGGCGGUGGUACCAGCUGUUAAAGCUUAAGCAUAAAAAGUAAAUAUUUGAGCAUUCAACUUUAUCCAAGCUAAAAACAAGUGGUCAGAAUAAAACGAUGGAUUGAACUACAACAUUCAGCCAGACAGAUUUACAACUGUUAGACGUGAUAUUAACGUUUAUAUUCGAAAGAGUGUGUGAAACAAUGCUAAAUAGCGCUUCAGCAUGAAACCGGUAUAAUCCAAGCAAUUUUCUACAGCAUAUGUGUGUCAUUCUGUGUCAGUACUUGUGCAUGGCUGGUUUAACACACAAAUAUUUUUAAAAAGUUUACUUAUUGCUUGAACACUUGGUGCAGUCAAAAUGAGUUACAUGGUUAAAUGCAAACUUGACUAGUAGUAACUAAACUUUACUGAAAACCUUAUUUUUUAAUUGAAAUAUAAUCUUAUGGUGCAGCUCUACCAUUUAGUUAGAGAAGCGAAUUAUUGUUUGAAGCUAAACACAUCGUUAACAAACUGUCUUUCAGAUAAUCUUUCUUUUAUAUUUUUAGUAUGCUUUAUGUGUUUUAAUAGUGAUAUGUCACAUGUCUUGUCUGUGUUUAAAAUCUGAAAUAUUUUAAUGCCUGUUUAUGUGUCUGUAUAACAACACGUCAUUACUGCAGCUUCUCGAACCAGACUGAUAAAAAAACGUUACUGUUGUGCUUUUGUAACUGAAUGCCACUUGAGUUCAAUUGGAUUGGACUUCCAGAAGCCAUAUUUAAUUGGUUUUUUGCCAUAAAUAAGAUACCUAUCAGGAAUAUUUUUUGAACCAAAUAUGUUUUUUUACCUUUAAUUUAUUAUGGAUUUUGUAAUUUAUACCCAAUGAAUAACUAUAGUUUAGCGUUUUUUUGCAGCUAAAGAUUGAAAUGUUCAUGAUGUAUUUUAUUUGUUUCCAUUCUGUGUUUUAUUUAUUAUUAUUUUAGUUUAUAUAUAAUGGCCACAAUUGAACCCCUGAUAAAAUAAAACACAUACGAGAUAACAU